GAUUUGUAAAGAACAAUGCUGCCACCAGAUAAGACAGAUCUGCGGCCGCACUCAGCCAUAGACCACCCAGCCGUCGCCGCGGCCACACGCGUGAAACAACUAAUAUAUCUCAUUAAACAAACAAGAGGUCCAAUCUACAGUUACUCCUGCACACCGGCUCACAUCACAACCAUGACGUCCGUUGAUUACGCAAAGGUUCCGAUCCUGGAAAAGCCUCUUCAUAAGCCGCCUUUGGAGGAGAUCGUUGAAGUGCUAUCUCGCGCGCUCAAGUCCAACUUCGAGUCAGUGGCCGUGUCGGCAGAGGUCAGCCCGGACCUCACGCAGGAGCCUUACAGCCUCACAGCUCCAGGUCUUUGCGGUAACGAAAAGCUAAUAGAACUCGGCGGGCCACCGUACCUCAUGCCUUCUGUACAGCGUGACAAGGUCUACGACUUAGCUGCCCUCGCCAAACAGCAGCGCCGGGACCCAGCCUUCCUGGCCGGAGCUGGCGCGGGACCGUGGCCAUACAUCGGAGUAAAUUGUGAGGGUAUCAUCAACUUAUCCGUUCGCAACGGCACCGUAGACCAAGGCACGAGGGUAGUAUCCGUACACCCAGUGGGGGCGGCCAAGGGCUCCAGCGGCUACCAGCAGAGAAGGCUCCCGAACAACGAGACCAGAACUGCCCUCCUGGGCAACUACCUACUGUCUGAUGGAAGCCCCGGCAAGGUCAUUAAAGUGGUAGCCAAGAAGCGUAUCGGAGAGGCCAACUUCAUCACAGCUAUCCGUGAGGCGCUCAAACAGCACUACGGGGACAAAGUCGUUGGUCUGGGCGGCAUGUUCCUCCUCCGCGCGGGCAAGGUGAAGCACCACGUGAUGCCUGACUUCUCUCCUACACCACUCUGUUCCGAUUCGGAUGUGGAUAACUGGCUGCAUUACUUCGAGAUGCGCGCCCCCAUCACGCACGUGGGCACCAUGGUUACCGGGGACCUGGACUUGGACCUGCGCGUGCAGCACUUCCACGGCUGGGGCGCGCACGGCGACGGCGGCCACUACCACUACGACACCACGCCGGACGCCGUCGAGUAUGAAGGGUACUUUACCGUCGCCAGCAGCGUCGUGCGCAUUGACGCGCCUGCCGUCACUCAUGAUAUGGGCCGCGAUUAAUACAAUACACUAACCAACGAUGAUUUAGGGCCAGUUGCAUCAACCACAUUUGACAGGCACGUCAUCGUCACGCAGCAGACGUCUACGGAACUUCCCAUACAAUAAAAUUGAACGAACGCUUUAACGGUGACAGACGGUUUGAUGCAACCGGCCCUUAUAUACGAUUUACAAUCCUCAUCAAAUCUUACCUCAUUUUUUAGCGCCACCUAUUAAAUACUAUCAUAACUGUAUAGUUAACGUUAGCGUAUGCUGAUACCGAGAUUUUUUUUAAAUGUGUAUUGAGGUGAUAUCACACGAUAUAAAGGAACAUGUCAUUUGUUCUUAUAAAAAAUAAAAACACGCAAAAAUA